AGGACGCCGUGUCGAAGGUGAAGAUGUGCAGCAGUGCAGAGAUCCCCCUGCUGAGAGUGCUAAUGUCAGAGCUGACCAUCCAGAAGGAGACCCUCCUCUACCACCUGGGGGAUGAGUGGGCCAAGAUGGUCACGUGGACCCUGCCCCCAACAACUAAAGAGCUCACCUCUCCAGAGGCCUUCCUGGGCGUGAAGCUGCACCUGAGCCGAGAGGGCAAGGCCUACGAGCCCGACCUGGCCAACGUCCUGCAGGCGCUCGCCGUCCGCGGAGACCUCCAGCGCAAGAUCAAGCAGUUCGCCCAGCUGCUGGUGAAGUACAUGUUGAGGCCGGUGAUCCUCCACCCGUCUCUGGUGGUGGAGGUGACGGAGCAGCUGUCACCCUGCGGCGUGGCGUUCACGGCUAUCAGCCUCGCCAGCCGCGAGACCGUCGCACAGCACCGUGAGCCCCCAGAGCUCUACCAGCAGGUCCUCGCCGUCCUCAAGGCCCUACACGGGCACCCCUUCAAUGCCUUGGUGGGGGAGCAGAAGGUGUGUGAGAUGCUGGGCGACCUGAUCUGGGAGGAGCUGUCGGAGAACAUUAUCCAGGACUGCCUGGUGCACUCGAUCCCAGCCAAGAGCAGCCAGCUCGACAAGUACUCUGAGGUGAUCACCCAGACCCAGGGCUUUGAGGGAUCCCUGCGUGAGAUGGGCUACCUGAGGGAGGAGGCCACGGACCUGCUGAAGUACGCCCAGAACUACAACCGCCACUUCAUCAGCAGGAAGUGCCAGGAUGUGAUCGUGGAGGCACGCCGCCUCAUGACCUCCGAGAUCCACGACACCGUCAAAAUCUCCCCCGACUACAAGCUGUCUCUCCCGGCGAUGCCCCGCCCCGUGGGGGACAAGAGGAAGCGGGGCGGCCCGAAGGCGGAGGCUCCUACCCUGGCCCUGGAGGCCCCGGGGGAUCAGCAGCAGCAGCAGCAGCAGCAGAUGGAGGCGCGCACCAUGGCCCUCCCUGCCUGCCGCGUCAGCCGCUCUGCACAGCAGAUCCUGGAGCUGGCCAUCACCACACUGGCCGAGGCUGCUGACCGAUCCAACACAAGUGCCAUCCAGAUCCUGUAUGCCGUGAGGAACAUAUUCCAUUUGUUCUGCAACGUUGUUCCCACAUAUCACGAAGAGAGCUUGCUGAAGCUACCCCAGUUGGCAGCUAUCCAUCAUAACGACUGCAUGUUCCUGGCCCACCACCUCAUCACACUGGGCCACCAUUUUGGCCCGGUGUUCACCACCGACUACACCGUCUGCUCCUUCGUGGACCUCGUCCCCAGUCUGAGAAGACAAGGCACUCGCUGCUUCAUGAGCCAGAUGGUCGUGCUUAGAGGGGAGAUCCUGGAGAGUCUGUCCACCGCCAGGGACUUCUCCAACCUGGAGGACAAGGUCAACUCAGAGACGGCCAACAAGGCCGUACGGCAGGUGGUUCUCCAGCUGAAGAGGGUGGGCAGAGUGUGGCAGGACGUGCUCCCUGUGAACAUCUACUGCAAGGCCAUGGGGACGCUCCUCAACACAGCCAUCAGCGAGCUCAUCGCCAGGAUACUGGCACUCGAGGACAUCUCUUCGGAGGAGGCCAACUUCCUCCACGGCCUCUUUGAGCACAUCCUGGUGCAGGGCCCCCAGGUCUUCACCCCCGUGCUGGAGGAGAAGGAGAACAGGAGGUACCAGGAGGAGGUGUCUGUGUACGUCACCAAGUGGAUGGCCUUCAAGGAGCUCGCCAUGGUGCUGCUGGCCAACCUCAACGACAUCCUCAACAGGUGGGCAGAGAGCAAGGGUCCACUGGCGCUCGCUUUCUCCUACAACGAGGUCAAGGGUCUGAUCCGAGCCCUCUUCCAGAACACGGACCGCAGAGCGGCCGCCCUUGCUCAGAUCGGACCCAGUUUUUGAACCCGAGGAGCCACCAGCACCACCGAGUGGUCUUUGGGCAGAGUGGACAUGUCGUGCUUGGACUGCCCAACAGCAGCAGUCUGUUCUUUUCACAUUUGAUUGACUGGUCAAGUGUGGUUUCAGGAUCAGGGUUGGAUCAUUGGCAUGAAGCUGUGCCUCAGGACAGAACAUUAAGGUCUUAAAAAAGAUCCUUCAGAAGUUCUACUGUAACCUACAGUGACCUAGAACCACACACUA